AUGAUAUAUUCAAAAUUUAUAAUUUCUCUCAUUCACAAAUUGUAAUAUUUUAAUUAAUCUCUAUUUAAAUACUUAUAACCAAUGCGAACCAACAAUGCUAAUUAAAUUAGAUAAACUCUCAGAUAGACCUUAUUUAAAGGUAGAAAGCAUCAAUUUCAAUCCAAUGACAAUAUUCAAAUCAAUGAAACACCGUCAAUAACAUUAUACAAAAAUUUUGAUGAGAUUUAUUGUUACAAGAAUAAGAAUCUUGGUUAGGGAGCACAUGGGAUUGUAAAAAUCUGUUAUAACAAAUUAGAAGGAAAUGCAAUUCAGUAUGCAGUAAAGGUAUUCCGCUCUGGGGACCCUGAAAUCAUUAGUACAAUAAAAAAAACCUUUAAAAUCAAUAGGCAACUGAAUGAUCUGCAAUGUGUAAUCAAGGCUAUUGAUCUAUUCAUAAAUGUCACCAAAGAAGAAAUCCAUCUUGUUAUGGAAUUGUGUCCAUAUCCCUCAUUAGAUAAAAUACUCCAAUAAAAAAAAUAAUUAACUAUUAGAUAGCAACAAUUACUGAUUCUAGAACUAGCCAAAGCAAUAGAUAAAAUUCAUAGCAAAUGUGUUUGUCACAGAGAUCUCAAACCAGAUAAUAUCUUGGUGUAACUGACGGAGGAUGAUGCAAAAAUUAAAAUAAUUGAUUUUGGAGUCUCCAAAAAAUUCGUCACCAAAACCAGAAAUUCUACAUAGAACAUAGAAAUGUGGACAAGAACUGGUUCACUGUUUUACUAGGCUCCUGAAAUCUUCGCUGGAGGAGGAUACAACUAAAAAGUCGAUAUAUGGUCUAUUGGGGUUAUUGUGUAUUAAUUGUUCUGUUAAUAAUUGCCAUUUUAAAAUGAUCAAAUAAUAGAUACCAUCGAACUAAUAUGUGAUCCUAAUUACAAUGUAGAGAACACCGCACAAUUUGAAUCCCUAGAUCUAUUGCAGUAGGAUCUAUUGAAGAGAUUACUAAGGAAAGAACCUGAAAAACGAUUAUCCUCAACAGAGUUCAUUCUACAUCCUUGGCUACAUCCGGACAAUCAAGAACAAAAUCAAAACCAAUUUUGUUUUUCAUUGAAUCCGGAUAAAUUAUAAAAUUUAUCAACAUCUGAAUAACUAAUAGGUGUCGAAUAGAUUGAUCAAAAUAUGGUACUUACAAAAGAGCCUUAUUGUGCCAGUACCAUUCUACGAGUAGAAGAGCAUAAAGAGAAAAUAGAUAGAGUGGAUGAGAUAGGGAAUCAUAUAUAUUUUUACUCUUCAUCCAAACAAUUAACUCAAGAACCAGAAAUCAAGUCGUUGGAUGAAAAGUAGACAAGCGUGAAUCAAUUAGAGGAUUUCAAGGGCGAAAUCAUUCAAGAUACUCAUAAGUCUUUAGAUGAAGAUGUUGAAUUAAAUAAUUACAAAACUGUUGGUUCCUUUAUAAUGAAUUGA